AUGGACCUUGAAGCAGCGGGUGAGAAGAGACUCUUGCAGUUGAAUGAGUUAGAUGAGUUCAGGCUGCACUCAUAUGAAAAUGCUAAGCUUUAUAAAGAGAUAACGAAAAGAUGGCAUGACAAACAUAUCAAGCCACGUCACUUCGAACCAGGCCAACAGGUAUUAUUGUUCAAUUCUAGGCUUAAGAUAUUUCCUGGGAAGAUAAAAUCAAGAUGGUCAAGCCCGUUUAAGGUAGUGAGAGUCACUCUUUAUGGUGCAAUCGAGUUGCGCGCGUUAAAUGGUAAAAGAAAAUUCUUAGUGAAUGGAUACAGAGUCAAGCACUAUUGGGGAGGAAUAAUGGAUCGUGAGAAGACCAAAGUUGUACCCGUUGAUGAAUAA